AUGCAACCCGAGGGUCUGCAUAUCCCUUCUACUGGGCAUGGGGAUGAUGGCGCCCCGACUGACUACAUGCAGCCCCUAGACCCUGAAGCUUUUCCGGAGAUGGAACCUCAGGUACCUGAGCCUGGUUACGAGGGGCUAGAUGAGUAUAGUGAUGCCGAUGAGGAAGCGGGACAAGGAGUGGACCUUAUCUCCCGGGAAGAGUUCGAUGCUGCUCAGGCUGAGGCACGUGAUGCUGAUGCUCACGGUAUGGGAGCGGCUGGUCCUGGUGCUACAGCGGCUGGAAGUGGUGCUGCAGCGGCUGGUAGUGGUGCUGCAGCGGCUGGUCCGAGCGCGCCUACUCCUAAUGGCGUGGCAGGAAACACGCUCCAGGCGUCGUUCCCGACAACUCUACUCGUGGAACCGAAUCGGGUGGCUAUCAUAAAUGCGGGGGCCGCGACUCGAGCUGUGGAGAUCCUUUACUUCGAAACUUCGGAUGUGGACCUGGAGUAUUGGACGCCGCGUGACACCAACAUCACCGCCCUUUGCACGGCUCUAAACAUCACAGAUCCUGAGGGAGUGGCUAACCUGCGCCUCGUCAUGGAGAACGAAACUGCUCGGCCUAGGCACCUUCGAAAGAAGCUUCAGGAUGCGAGGAACAAGACCCUCACCACGGGCCGUGUCUUGCUGUACGAAAGAUUCGACAUUCGCAUCAAACGUCCGGACCACAACCGGGCCGAGAGCGGAACGCUGUCGCCUGCGGUGUUCUGUGCCUCCUACCCUGCUAGUAAGAUGAUGGCUACACCAUUCCCCAACAGACCGCUCAAACCCUGGCGAGCAGAUGGCAGUUAG